AUGCCUCGUCAAACCGGUCCACGUAAGCCCACGGCCAAGCAGCUGCUGAAGCAGAAGCAGAAGGACGAGAAAACGCGGAAAAAGAACGAGCAGACGUUCGCCAACGCCGUGCAAAACUCGAAGAGCACCAUUCUCGAUGUGGACAUGCGGUACGUCAUGGACACCUUGCGGGACAACCCUUCGUGGAUCAGCCCACUCGCCGGUCUCAUUCGUUCAGGCUCACUCAACGGACUCCUGAAAGAGGUGGCCGCGAAGGACGAAGUCGGCGGGCUGAAGUGGAAGGCCCAAGGCAAGUGUAGCAAGUGGGGACAGCUUCCGCUGGAGAUGUGUCUCCUGAUGCUCAGGACAUCAGGGGUGGAGCUCUCCGAGCGGGCCUCGAAGGAGCAGGACGUUGUUCGGACUUUAUUCGCCGGACACUUCUGGGUCGCUGAGUCUGCACCCUUGCCAACUCGUUCGGACCUCCGCUAUCAGAGCACGCUGGUCAAGCUGGCGAAAGCUCGGCUGGAACACGCCGUGCAUCGCAACUGGGCUGGUGCCCUCAACGCGGAGGCCCCGCUGGACCACACCACGAACCGGCUGAAAAUGUGGUCGCUCAAUGGAAACACGCUGGUUUGUCAUGUUUUUUCGGUGGACGAGGACGAGAAUCUCUCGAAGGACUGGAAACCCGGCCAAGAACUUGAACAUGAACUUCCGAAAUUACCCGACGGCCAGGACUGGAAGCUGAGUGAUGCACAUUCACCCGAUUGUACCGUGUGCGAUGGACAAGUUCACUCCAUGUUCGAUUUCGACUGCGCCAGCUUCUUCCCGAUGUUGCCGGACUUCAAGGAGAAAUGGAACUAUGAUCUUCCAGCGGACACAGACACAAUGGCCAUGGACGGCGGUCUCGGCGGGUCAUCGGAGAGCUCGUUACACUUCGGUACCAGUUCAUUUUCUGAUAUUCAGCUCCGCUCCUGCAGGAAACGAAAGACGACCUCGCAGGACCCUGGCACGGAGGAGACAAACAUGGACCUGGACACAGACACGGACAAACAGCUUCCCGGCGAUGAAGAAGUCGAGAAGCAAUCUGGGAGCACACGUGUUUCGGACACACGUGUUUCGGAGUUUUCCACGUCGACAUUCGCGACCGUUCUCCUUCUUUUCCACUGGCAACAGGGCAUGCGUAAGGAUGCCAAAUGGAGAAAGCACAAAGACACUGUGGUCAAACUCGCCGGAGAUGUGUUGCAAGCCUUCGCCUCGUUGUUCCUGGUGGACCACACGUCGGUGUUUACGUGGGAGGAGCAAACAACUACACUUGUGUUCCAACACGGUAGUCUGGAUGUGAAGCAGCUGCACAAGCAAUGUCCAGUUCUACAGAGUACGAUAUCAACAUCACGACCUAGAUUCCUUCAGGUCCUAGAAGAUGUUGCGUUGGACUGCUCCAAAAGGACAAUCUCGCAAAAACGACGGGCAGCUGCCCUCAGGCUGCGGUGCUUCUUGUUGGAGACAUUGACAGCAGCCGUGGAAACGUCGGAGAGUACACACUCGUGUUGGACGUCGUUGAAUGUGAAGCAGCUUCUGCAACUGAGGAGUGCCGCUGGGUAUCGUCGUUCUUCACAUGUCUUUAAAGAAUCGAUGACUGCUACCUCCAGUGCCACACAGCGGACAUUGGUUUCCACUUUGGAAGGGCACACGUUCACCGUGGAGGACACACCCACGCAGGACGCCAAGAACGCGAAGAAAAAGACUUCCAUGGACGCACACCGGCUCACACGCAUGGAGAGGUACGCAUACCUGCAGGACGGCAAGCAGCAGUUCUUUUCGACGGACAUACUGUGUGUCGUUGCAGAUGCACUACACGUGGGCAGCGAGGAUUGGCUUAACAUCAUGGUGUACAAUCACACGAAGGGCAAGGUCUGGAUUUGCCCGCCGCAGGUGCAGGACCACUCGUCGUGCUUAACGGCCGAAGAAUGGACCAAUAUGUGGAGCAGAGCAUCGCAGAAGUUUCUGGACGGUGACAAAACUCGUGGUUCUGCUCAUGAGGACACAGAAGAACGGGUGUCAACGCUGCAGUGGAUGCAGGACAUCAACCAUGGACUGAAACCCUUGGGAUGGUCAUUCGGACGAUGUCAACUCAGAGCACAUGGACAGCCGUUUCGUGGCUCUGAGGACAGUACACGCGGUUCCCGGGCGCCCAUCAUCAUUUUGUGUACAGACCAGGAGUCCACGCAACUCGCCGCAGUCGCUUUCUUGAGGAACAAGAAGAACCUGUGGGUGGAACACGUGUCGGACCCAGCACAUCGGUCUCACAACGACGUGGCCUUGGCCAUGUCUGGAGCAGGACUUCUCAAAUUUGCACAGUGGUGCAUCUCGUUGUACAACAUCAGAUACGGACCGUGGCAGAAGGGCACAUGGUCCAAGAAGAUCCAGCAGACGGCCCAACACAUGAAGGACAGCAUGGACCCGUCGGACCCAGUUUUGCUCAUGUUCUUCGAAGACAUAUUGCUGGACGCUGGUCUCCCACUGGACAAUAACACGGAGGAGACGCGUAGGGCAUGGCUGCAGACCUUGCCCGAAUUGGACUGCAUCCGCACAAAGGGCACCAAGGCCAGCAAGAGUCGUUUCAAUUCGUUAACAACAGCUCAUGCUGCGUUGGACAAAGAAUGGUCCGUCCUGGCACUUGUUUUAACGGUGUGUUGUUUGGAACACAAGUGGACACUUUCCGCAAAGGACCUUUUCACGCAGGACAGCAACCAGGCUCGUGCCUCCUUAACACACGGUGGAAGCAAGUCCUCUGCUGUGAAGGAGGCAAAGGACUCCAUGAACGAAGCACGGCAGGGCAAUGCGAACAGUCUCCACACGAUGACGAAGUUCAUCAUCCUGCCGGACAACAAGACGACCGCCAGAUUGGUUUUCCUCGUGCUACAACCCGAGCAGCUUCGCUGUUCCAGGAUGCUGGAGGAGCUUCGUUCCAGUGCAUCCACGUUGGCGUAUUAUUCGGAGUGGUCACAUUGGAGCUGGAUGACCACUGCAAAGGAGCACCUGCAGACCUGGUCGAACUUGGACAAGCUAGCACGCCUUGGACUGGACCUUGCACUUUCACGUGCACGCCCGCCGGACGAAGAGGAGUUGGUCUGGCAGGACACUCUAGCCCUGCAAAUGACGAGGCUGACACAUCAGAUCUUGCGUUUGCGUGCCGGCGCACAGCUCUACCACACAUGCGGUUUCGGUGCUACUGCAGGACUUGUCCACAGUGACCCAGGGUUUCGUCGUUCCAGUUUGGACUACUUCAAAGAGAUGGACGAGUGCAUCAAAGACACACAGAGGAGUGGUUCCCUCAGGGCCAAGCAACUACUCGCAGGUCACUUUUCCCAUGGACAAAUCAGUCAGUACCUUCUCGCAGAACUGCAGAGCACUCGGUUUGACAACCUUACAGAGGAAAUCGAUCACGUUCUCCGAAGUAUUUGGUCUGGGCUCUUGAACACGAAGAUCAUCGAGGACUGCAACAAAGUUCAACGCGAAGCUGAACAACGACAUGGCACAGCAAAGGACUUAGGACACUUGGAUGGUUGGAAAUCUGUGAGCACGUCGGGCUUGGUCAAGAUGUACAAACGCGAGGAGGCAAUCACCAACCAGCUGCACCACACGCCGGCCGACUUUAACUUGACGAGCCUCUUCAGCAAGACGACGGCCAACAAUCUCGCAAAGCGUGCACGUCGUUCCACGAAAUCUGCGAGUGCAGAGAUGACCCCGGCGGAGAUCCAGGAGGCACAGCUCCUGGCAGACGUCACGAAGCGCAGGGACUGGGCGUCGCACAACCACUCGGAGGAGCAGGAGGUUCUCGCAGCAUAUUCCUUGUUGAGGAAGGCAUGGCGAGCCAAAACUUGGCAGUUGUGCGAAGAAGGCUGGUGCUCUGGACUCCUACCCGAAGGACACGCUGUACUCGCCGGUGAAUCCCCUUUGUUCAUCGUUCGGAGCUAUCGUGUGGCCUGUUUGGCAUGGCCUGGCAAGAUUGUGCACGACGCCGGGUCUGAUUUCUUCGAGUUCGACAUGACCGUUUCUUCUUUGUAUUGGAUGCACAGCACAUCCGUGGACACGGUUGUUUUGAAACUGCAAGCUGCUUCACCUUUACGUGUCCUGGCCAUGAUUUGCGAAAGUAUGCUAGUGACACAGGGAUUUACUAGUUUUCGUGAUCCCAUAUGA